AUGCAGACCUCAACGGGUGCCCAUGAGGCCGGACACGCGACGCGGCGAGGGCAUGCCACCCACUUGUCGAUUAGCGAUCCGAACCAUCAUGUGACGGAAGUGAUUGGGCGUAUGUACGACGACGACUACUACGAUGAUAAUGAUCCGAGACGCCUGAGCUAUAUAUCCUCCCCAGUCGGCGGCGAGUCAAUAACCACCAUCCCGCGGACGGCCGCAGGCGCCGAGUCUCUUUCCCCAUCCUCACCACUGCAGAGCUCGUUCUCGAACAGGCAACCGCCAACUGGAAAUGGACAACAGCGACCACCGCUUGUCGGAAACCACUCGUUCGAGAAGGGUGCUGAUUCCGGAACCCCCGAUGGCACGCGGCCGCCCUCCGAGACCGCAACCUCCUCCUUCCCUCUAAACGAUAUCGACUAUGAGUCGAAUCCCGCGGCUGUUGCUCAGGAAUUGAACAAUCUCGCUGCAAUUCGACGCAUGUCUAUGGAUGUUUUUCCCCGCCCCCCAAGUCCCUCGGCUGACGAGGACGAUGCUUCCCGUUUAUUCUGGGUGCCCGCGCGAUUACACCCCGAGCUUGCCCCCAAAGAAUUCAAAUCGUUCCUCGAUACCAAAGCGGAUCACAUAAAGCGCAGGUCCGGUGACUAUUCUGCGGAGCGCAAAGGGUCGGCAGGGGGUCUCCAGCGCAAGAAGUCUAUGUUAUCGAGGCAAAUCGACAAUUCCUCGGGUUACACGGAUGGCGCGGAUCGGCUUGAACGCCAGCGCUCGCAAUCAAGCAAACGGGAUGGCAUGCUUAGUCCUAACCUACAACAAUUGGAAACCUUGGUGGACGACUCGAAUCCGGUGGACAAGGACGCGCUUCUGCGGGGCAUGCAGAACGCCAGCAUCAAGGAUGAGGACAGACCGAUUUUACCGCCAGCGCCCCCGGGAAACAGCCUUCGCCGGUCCACUCGAACACAAUACAUCAAAGCCGGCAGUGUGAAAAAAGGAGAAAAAUUACCCUACUCAAAACGUGUUGGGCGGGGGGCCUCUGAAUCCGCAGGGAGUGACACAGGUUCCAAGACUCUUCCACAACAUGAAGAUCAGACCAUUCCGGGAUCGACGCGUGUGUCAACUGAUCAUGCAACCAAAGCUGCGGCGCGAACCUCGUCUGCAUCAUCUCGCAGUGGGGCUUAUUCCCCCGCACUUUCUGCAAGUUCGACAUUUGAAUCGAUUGCCGAUCAACCCGAGGCGGAGCAAGAAGAGUCUUCUACGACCGGGGGACAUGGAGAUGAUACCGCGGACCGACCAGAGUCUACAGACUCAGACACAUCACGGCAAUGGCAAUCUCGCAUCAGUUCACAUGGACGCUCCACCGUCAACACUGCGCCCGCGGAACAGAAGAUUCCCGCAAUCAUCGAAACACCACCCGCUCCUGAAUCAAACCGCACACCCAGCGCGCCUUCGCAGAGUAGCCGUUCCUCGGAUCGCGCAGUUACAUCGGCACCAGUCCACAAGGCUACACAUGAAACAUCACAAAAACGGACGAAGAACUCUCGGCAGGCUCAUGAACCUGCGUCCUCGCUCGAAGACUUGUCCAAUAACCCUCAGAUGGUACCCGGCAAUAGUACUCGCACUGACAGUCUUUCAUUCAUACCCACUCUUCCCGAGACAAAAACCGAAGAACGAAAACCAGAAACCAAGAAAUCAAAGGACAAGAAAGACUCGGAAGGCAGCCGCAAGUCCAGUUGGCAUUGGUUGCUAGGCAGUGAAGAAAAGGACAAAAAGAAGGAAAAAGACAGUGACUCCAAAAAGAGCAAAUCCAAGGCUACCGACAAGUCCCACGACAGCACGCGAUUGGAUGUGCUCCAGUCUUCUAUUGAGAGCACCCCUCGCGCGCGCGAAAGUCUAGUUUUGGACCGUCUUGAUCCGAAGUUGGAGGAAGAACGCCGCAAGGACAGUGUGCGGCGGACAUCAGGAGACUCGAAGAAAGAGAAAGAUGGCAUCUUCUCUUCCAUCUUUGGCGGUGGCCGGAAAAAGCACAGUAGUGAGGGCCACCACCGCAAACAUUCAUCCCGGAACCUGUCUCCCGAACCCCCAGUGCGGAUCCUUCGCGCUGACCUCGAUUACCCUUGGACUCGCUUCUCUAUCUUGGAGGAGAGGGCUAUUUAUCGCAUGGCACAUAUCAAACUUGCAAAUCCCAAACGAGCCCUGUACUCCCAGGUAUUGCUGAGUAACUUUAUGUACUCAUACCUGGCCAAGGUCCAACAAAUGCACCCGCAAAUGUCGGUCGCCUCAUCUGGAUCUUCCCAGAGAUCAUCUUCGAAGUCCAGAGACCAGCCAGAUGAGUAUACGCAAUACCAGCGAUACCAAGAGACUCAGGACCAACAUUAUGGGGAAAGCGGAUAUGAUGACUCCUCUGCGUACGACUAUGACGACGACCCACACGAUCGCUAUGGUGCCCAGUCAAGAGGCAGCAAGCAGGGUUAUGAAAAUGGCAACGCUUACGGUCCAGGGCACUACCAGUACGGACACUCGUCCUUUGGCGAUGACGUCCAACUAGAUGACGACGACGACGAUGAUAUGUGGUGA